AAAAGAUAUCCGCGGCCAAGGAAUGCAGUCACAAAUGUCACCACGUUGACUGUAAACUUGAAUGUGCAGGUUACUUAGUAUUCAUUGCGAUAGACUUUUGGGGUAUAUUGGCAUCUCUGAAUUAUUUCUAAGAAGUACGUUAUGGAAUUAAGUGGAGAAACUGUGAAAUACGGUCGGAGGAAAGGGCAAUCCAGGGGUUCAACGCCACCCUCUGGUGCCAACACUAAGAUGAUGGGUUUACCUACAGAGGAAGAUCUACGACAAGUUACUAUCCUCUCUCAGGGAGAUUGGAACCGUAUCGCUGCUCAACUAGAGAGGAAAUCAAGAGAAGAGGAGAAGAGAAAAGCAUUGAAGGAAGAGAAAGAAGCACUGAAAAAGCAAUCCCAAGAGAUGGUGAAGAAUUGGAGUAACACUAUCGCUGGUCAGCGUUUGAAGAAACUUGAAGCACGGGCCAUUAGGGAGGAGAAAGAAGAAGCCGAGAGAGUUCAGAUUGAUAUUGAAGAGGCCAAGUUCCAGGCACAGCGUAGGAAAGAAGCUAUUGAGAAAGCUAAAACACUGCAGUACUAUCAAACAGACAGAGUUAAAGGCUUCCAUGGAGCAUUAUUGUUGACAGAAGUCUUGAAGGAGCGUGAAGCCCAGAUCGACCUGAAGAAACAGCGGGAAGCAGCCCUCUCAGGUAAAGACAAGGAUCUAUUAGCUCGCUAUCAACGAGAACUUGAAGAAGGCAUCCUAGAAGAUCACAAGAAAGCUGUCAAGGCAAUAAAGGAAAGGAAGGAAGUGGCUGAAUUCCAACUUAAACAAAUUGAGAAGCACAUUGCAGACGGGGAGAAGGAGAAAGUAGAAGAUGUCAGGGAAGGUGAAGACCUCAAGCAACAAGUCAUUCAUUACAAUGCUGAAAAAGCCAAGAUUGAAGGUAUACGACGACAGGAGAAGGUAGAUCUCAUGAUGGCUCAUAAACAGACAGUGGCUGACAGGGAUCUGAUCCGAGCAGCAGAGAGACAAAAAGAAGAAGAAGAAGAGGAACAGAUUCGCAUCUUUGCUGCUGCCAAGAAGAAGAUGACUAAACUGAGGAAGCAGAGAGAGCAGGAACUGUGGCAAAAAAAACAAGACCACGUGAACAAAAUGGUGGACAAACUGGACAGUCAACUCAAAAUGAAGAUGGAUGAUGAGGAUGAUCGUAUUGCUCGUGCAGUGGCAGAACGUGAGGCAGCUAGAGAGAAAGAAGCUCAAGAGAAAGAGCUUAAGCUAGAACAAGCUCUGAAGGAGGAGGCUGAGCAUAGGCUGCUACAGAUGAAACAACGAGAGCAGCAAGAACGAGAUGAGAAGAGAAGAGAGCUAGAGGCACUUCAUGUCAAAAUGGAAGCUGACAAGUUGUUUGCUGCAAAACAACAGGAGAAAUAUCAGCAGGCUAGAGAUGGCAAUGUCAGGUUGGCUACGUUCCACAUCAAACAAGCUGGAGAGAGGCAGGAUAAGGCACUAAAAGAAGAGCAGGAGAAACUUGAGAUGGACAAGAAGAAUCUAGAGCUACUUGCCAUGGAAGAGCAGCAAUUCCAAGAAUAUGCUAAGAAGGUUAUUGAUCACUGUGAGAAGGGUGAAAGGAAUACCUAUCCACUAAGGAAGGCUGCUAGAGAGGGUCAUGGGGGUGGGCUAGGUCCUGUCUUUGAUGGAAAGGGAGGUAUCCGACCAAGUUAUUUAGUCAAUGAUUACACCGACGUUGAGUUGCCACAUUAUCAGAGGAACAGCACUGAUGAAGUUAAGUAUUCCCAUGCAGGAAAUACAGGCAAAACAUCAAAGAGGCUAGGAUUUGUCUGGUAAAAAUCCCUUCUAUGGAGAACUUUGUAAAUAGAUGAUGUACACAUGAAAUGUAUGAAUAUUUGAAUUGUACGGAAUUUUCCUGGAGGGUGCCAAAGUCAGUCAGUUCUGUAGACUGUUAAGUGUGUAAUGCAAAGCCAAUUUGUAAUUCAUUGGUUAAACAUUAGUUAACAUACACAUGUAACAUAUUUUCCAUAGCCAUUUCAAAAUGAGGGACACCAAUAUUUGUCAUUUCAUUUUCUGCAAAGUUUCCAUUUGGAGGAGUUGAAAAAAGCUUUAGUACAGCUGCAUGCACCCUCCAGAAAAAUGGUAUUUCGAGUUCAGAUGGCAAGGUGCCCAGUUAUUGAGUCGUGCGAGUUCAAUACAGUAUAUAGCCUAACAAUUAAAUGAACAUAUGUGCCUGUUGUUUAAAUUUGGUAAUACUCAAUUGAAUGUUCAUUCUCAAAUGUAAAUACAUGAAGUUUGUAUUGUAAAUCCGUCCAUAUUGCUAUUUCCCACCAGAUUAGUACACAUGUACACUGAAUAGUCACUUGGUCUCUUUUUGGAAGAGAUUUUUAUCAUUUUUCAGCAGUUUAUAAAUUGGAAAUGUUUCCAAUAUUUCCAAAUUUGCCUGUGCUUAAUAAAUGUGCUGUCCACACCUUGAUUGCUUUUUAAAGAUAUUUAUCUUGGUAACAAUAAAAAAGUGAAUGGAAUUGAGAAAUGCAUUGA